AUGGUGCGACUGAGUUUACAAGAACGCGUUUUAGUUGUUAAGAUUUUUUAUUGCCAUAGUGAAAGUUAUGCUGAAACAGUGCGCCAUCUUAGACAGAUUAUGGGUCGAAAUGAGGCUCCUAAUGAGUCAACAGUUCGUCGAUUGAUGUUAAAGUUCAAACAAACUGGCUCAGUGCAAGAUGUCAAAACUCCAACGCGCCAAGGCAGUCGCAGAUCACCUUUGAAUCAAGCAAUUGUUUUUGACAGUGUUUUGACCAGUCCAACGACAUCUCUUCGUCGACUAUCACAACAGUUGGCGAUACCGCUGAGUUCGUUAUACCGAAUCAUGAAAAAAAGAUUUGCAUUUACACCCAUAUAA